AUGGCAAGACAUAGAAAUUACAGGAAUUAUUCCUACGAAGAUGGUAUGUCGAUAAUCUCGUGUCAUGAAUAAAAUAACUAAAACUUUUUAGCUUCAAGUUUAUAAGCUUUUAUGAUUUCUGCAAUUGCAAAAUGAAGUCGUCGAUUCACUUUUCCAAUUAAGAUUAAUAGAAUUACUUUUAGCUUAUUGACGAUACUUACAAAGUUACGACGGUAAGAUCGAUAUUUAAGCUAGCAAACGGUAAUACAACACAGAGUCUGUAAAAGUUAUCCCAUUAAUUGAUGACUUUUUAUUCAGCCAAACCUUCCCAUGACGGGGAGGGAGGGUUGUAAUAAUUAAACAUGACGCCAGCUUCCUUUGGAGGGGGUACAACAUUUUUGUUUUAAAAAAUGUGUUUUGUAUAAUAUUAAUAAAUAGUAACAAUCAAUAGAAAUAAAAAAUGUUCAGGCCCCAGUUGUUCAAAAGCUGGAUAGCGCUAUCCAGCGGAUAAGUAUAAGGGAAAUCAAUAUUGUGCUGUCCACUGGAUAGAGAUUUGUCCACAGGGCACCCACACAAUGUGUGUGUGUAACCGAUUGUUAUUUUAUAGUAAAUUUACUGGAUUUACCAUUAGCUUCACUUAUAACGAUAUGUCGCUAAGUAUGCAUAUAAAUUAAUGUUGAAUAAAAUGUUGAAUAACGUUUCAUGUGGUAUAUCGUCGUCCUUUUGCGAUAAAAGGGGUUUUUUGAGCGAUUUUGAAGGAUUUUGAGUUCGCCGUUUACUGUUCCUAAUAAUAGAAGGACAAGGGAGGAGUCCUUGUUUUGAAAGGGCUUCAGGAACUGUAAAAGGCGAACUUAAAAUAUCCUAUGUGUAGCCGCACCCUCCCCCUGACAAAGGAAAAAUGGAGACACGUAGGCUAACUCAAACUCCUUCAAAAUUGCUCAAAAACCACUGAUGAGGCAAAAGGGCUAAAAUAUACCACAGGCCCAGGGGGGGUACUCGGGAUUUCAAGUGACGGGGAUGAUCGAAUGGAGCCAAAAGUCAAGACCCAAAAAAAUCCCUAGGGCUUCCAGAAAAACCCAAAAAAAUCCCUGGACCAAAAAUUAACCCCCAAAAAAUCCCAUGCCGAUUUUGUGGCCCUUAAAAGUUCCAGAAAGGGGUAAUGCUAUAACACAAAGAAAAACAUUGGAAAUUUAAACAACAGCAAAACACGUUUGUUUUUACUUUAUUCGCAGAACUACGCAGCCAGGGCACAACCGAUUCUUUUUAACCCAUUCGCUCCUAGAGAUUUUGCCGAAAAACGCGUUUUGAAGCUAGUCGAGUGGUUUUCUGGUCACUGUCGUGCUAUAAAGAGCUAAAACUUACCACAAACUGGUUUACAGGUCGAACACUUCGCGGUCUUCCGAUCCAGAUGCAAAAUAUCAGCUUGCGAAGUUCGGGCAUGCGCAGGAAGCAAAAUUUUGACAUAGUUUUUGGGUUUAAAAGUGACACAGCAGUCUUGACUUUUACUUUUCGCUUUCUCUCCUCCCUUCUUUUUUUGCUUUUCUUGCCUCAUUUUUUUUUUCUCUUGCUGGGCAUUUAGUAGGCUUGAUUUUGGUGGGAAGAGUUUUUAGGAAAGCUUUUAGGAUCUUAGGAUUAGGCGAAAGGAAAGGUAGGUGGGUAAUGGGACAAGAUUUUCAUGGAGAUUUUCAGGUCAAUGUCACGUGGUUUUUUGCUUGUUUCUCCGGUGUCCUUGACUGAAUUGUGCUCAUUCUGGUAUGGUUUGAAAGAUCUCUUCACUCUGCACAAGUUAGUGAAGAAAGUUGUCCUUGACCGUUAAAACUGAUGACGUCGCAAUGGGUAGAAAGGACCUGGAUCCGCACGGGCGGUUACGGGCGGUUCAGGGGCGAAUGGGUUAAUACCCCCAAAAAAUCUCUGCUCAAAUCAAGCUACCCAAAAAGAUACUUGCCAAAUUUUCGUACCCAAAAAAAUCCUGGAAUCGAAAAUUUCAAACCCAAAAAAAUCCUUUGAUCAUCCCCGUCAUUUGAAAUCCUGAGUACCCCCCCUGGGACCACAGGUAAGGUAAUUCAACAUUUAUUUAAUAUUGAUUAUAGAUACUUAGCGAUAUAUCGUUAUAGGUGAAGCAAACGGUAAAUCCAGUACAUUUACUAUAGAAUAACAAUCGCUCACACACACACAUUGUGUGGGCGCCCUGUGAUUUGUCUUGUGGAUAGCACUAUCCACCUUUUGAACGACUGGAGCCAGAACAACAAUGUUAACAAAGCAAAGUGAGUAAGGUACUGUGGAUGCAUCAGUUUUUAGACCUGUCAACUCUCAUACAUGAUGCAUAAGUGUCAUGCCUGCAGCAUAAAGACUUCUCAUGCAUCAAGGACAAUUUCUCAUGCCUUACUCACAAAUUUGGACAAAUUGUUCUAUAACAUAUGAUUAAUAACAAAAAUUCAAUCAAGUUACCCAAAAAUGUGCUUAAUGUUGACUUUGUGUAGCUAAAAUUGUCCCCUUUUUAAAAGCUUUGGAAGUGCUUAUAGGUUAUCAGUACAUCUUUGCACAGUUUUGGUUAUGUUCAGAAAUCUUAGAAAAUUGCCAGAAAUCUUGGGAAAGUGCUGUGACGGUUUUGUAAAUCCUGGUGAUGAAAAGACGAAACUCUCAUACUUUGAAUUAGAAAAAGGUUGCAAAUAAAAAGAUAUGGAUAUUUUAUAUUUAUUACUUUUAAAUGGCCAUUGUGGAGAAGUGGUCAUUGUAUGGUUGAUGAUACAAGAGUGACUAUUGUCUGGAACAAAAAAGUGACUGAUGUAGAGAGGGUGCCUUUAAUAGAAAUUCAACGAUAUUUGGUAACUUGUGUGAUGUGAGAGAUACGACAAUGUUAUAUGUUGUGUUAUUCCAGACUUGUCUGAUGACGUGUAUGGACAUUCAGUUGAGGAUUAUGAUUUGGCUGUGUCACCAACAACUGGUAAGGAGUCUGGUGUUAUAUGUGAUGUUUGAAUUUUCUUUUAUUAUCACCUGUCUUAAGAAUGCACUUGCCUUUCAUAUUAUUUUUUAAUGAAAUAAUUUGCAUAUGUGUAAUCUCUCCAUGUGUAUAACCAGUCAAAAACCAUUAUAUCGCCUCCACUGAAAGACCUUUCUUAACUUGCCCUUCAGUGAGAUACUCAAAGGUCUUGCUUCUCAUCAGACUUUAUCAGAAAAUUAUGUUAUCAUUACCAUAUUUACUCAAUCUAUACAAUGUACAAUUUUUUUGUGAAAACUUGCUUCAAAAUUUUAAGUGUGUAUUAUCCACAGGGAUCCCUUUUUUCAUGCAGUUGAAAAUUUUUGUACUGUAUACAAAGUUAUUUGGCUAUAAACAAGGACCCUCCACAUACAGCUUUAGUCAUCUAAACUUGGUAGAAACAUUCAGCAUUGAGCAGAUUCUUUAAGUCUUCCAUGAUUUGAGGCUUGCACAACAGAGGAAGAAACAUUCUUGGCAAGGUUAUGAAAAAAAAUUGCAUUGAUCACCUUAUAUACCCUUGCUAAAAACAACAGUAAUUUAUUUGCAGCCCUAUCAAUGCUUUAAACAAAGAAAAGCUCUGCUCAGACAGAUGUGGUGUGACCAUUAAAAUGAGGGCAGCACUAAAACACGGAAUCCAGAAUCCGGAAUCCGGAAACGGAAACGGAAUCACGCAAGCGGAAACAGAAACGGAAACAGAAUACGGAAUCAAAUAUCAAUGAUAGAAAAUUAGAGAAUUUCACAUUACACAAUUUAGUACAAUCCAAAGAAAAUUUGUCUUAGUUUUCUUGGCAGUUCCCUUAAAUAUAUUCUUGUUAUUGUGUCUUGGUAAGGUUUGCCGUAGUGUGGGUUACUGCACUGCAAGGCCGAUGAAAGUAAUUUUACGAGUAAUUUUUUUUCUCCUUGCUUUGCUGUCCCAUGAGAAUUUGCAUUCAUUGCUAAUAGUGGUAUCAAGCGUCUUUUCACCGGAAUCGACUCCUCUAGUGAUACAGCAGUCUCCUCUCCUCUACUCAACUAAUUUAUUCAUUUGUGUCUUUUUUUAAUCUGUUUAUUUAUUUUAAUAUUGUCAUUGCUCAUAUAUUUUUUUUCAAAUCGAUCACUUGGAACCUUCUUUCACUGAUUCCGUAUUCCGUUUCCGUGAUUCCGUUUCUGUUUCCGUUUCUGUUUCCAUUUCUGUUUCCAUUUCUGGAUUCCGGAUUCUGGAUUCCGUGUUUUAGUGCUGCCGUUCAAAUGACAUGUCUGUGAAAUUGCUUUUGCUGUUUCUUUUUCGUUUUAUUGAAAUAUGGAAUCUUUAUAUUGAGGUUUGACUCUUGGACUCUUUAUCCCUGUAAAGUAUAAGGAUUUCACCUUCUUUUCACAUUGCUUCCUGCAGCUGAGCAGUUCAUGUUCAGACGCAGUAACAGUCGGGACCCAAACCUCUCAUCAUACAUGGCUGACAGGUUUGGCCGAGUAGACGAAGAGGAUGAGGAGGAGUCUGAGGAGGAGACACUUGCUAGUUCCCAGGACUACAAGAGACCCCAGCUAGAUCCCACAAGUGAAGGUAUAAUAACUUCACUUUUAUGUUCACAUGUUCACAGGCAACUCUUUGUAAGGCUGACACAUCAGUUUGGAUAAUCAGUGUUUUGUGUUGGAGAACCGUCCACUUUUUCGCAAGUCAGAAUAUGACUGCCGAAUGGCAAGCCUGUCUCAAGCUGUCAGUAUCACGAGGUAUACCUUAAGGAGUCUAUCCAUUAGGAAAAGUGAACUUUGUAACUGCUCGUAAUGCCAAAAUAUCAGUCCUACAGUUGGAGCUGACUACUUCAUAAAGUGAAAAAAUAUGACCACAGAAUGGCAGAGACCAUUUUGAACUUUCUGUAUUAAGUAGUAUGUGAUGUAGAGGUAUCCAUUGGAGGACUGUCACUAAGGAUCAGAGGCCGGGGAUUUCCCUUGGCUUCUAUAACCAUAAUCUCCAUCUACUUUUAUGAGAAAAUAGAAGAAAAAGAGAACCAAAUUAAAUCCCUAGCUGUAUGAUCCCCUGCCUACAUUUCAUAUUUACCCAGCAAUUUGAAAUCUUAGUGAGAGCCCUGCAUUAGGAGAAAGGUGACUGUAUAACUGUAGUUAACACUGAAAUGUUAGUCCAACAGGUAGAGAGCUGUCUGCCUGUAGCCAGUUUACUUUUGCAUAUUUGUAAGUUCAGUGUAGUUACAGUAUGUCUUAAAAAUAUUCAUUUCAUUAUUGGAUUUCUCCUUGUUUCAGCAAAGUUAUCAUCUUGUAUGGAUCAGCUUCAUUCAAUUCUUGGAGAGACAUUACAUGAACCUACGGCAGUUACAGCAGUUUUACAAAGUAACUUUGAUCUAGAGAGAGCUCUGGAUCAAAUUCUUAGUCAAGGUAACAAACACAUUGAUAAAACAAAGUAAACGGAUUCCCCCAGGACCUAUCAGUACCUGUUCAUUUUUUGUUUGAAGGUGACAUGGCCUGUUUUAAGGGACAAUAAGGUGCUACUCAUUGCCACUGUGUAGAAGUGACCAUUGUGUGGAAAUUUCAAUAACAGUGCUAAUGUAUGGGUCGAAUUUUGUUGCCUUUGUGUUGAGGGAGUGAUUGUGUGGUGGUGCCUGUUGGUCCAGGUUCAACUGUAUUAUUUUUGCUGUUUCAUGUUUUUUGUUUUUGUUUUUAAUUUUACAAAUUAAGAGUUGUGUCUAACCUGAGAUCAGGCCCAAUUUUAGGAGCUUUCAUACAUUCUCUCAUACGUGAUCACUCUAAAAUCUCUUUUCGUUCCGCCUUUCCCACCAGAAGUUCAUUUACCUAUAAAACGAAAAAUAUAGCCUGAUCUCAGGUUAAGUUGUUUCUUGUUCUAUUUUUGUUACAAUUCAGGGGGAAAACAAGACCUUAAGGCAAAUUUGGAUCCAGAUGAGAGUGAAGGUGAGUUGUGAACUGAGUUUUAAAUUUACAUGUUUCAUCUGGAGUAUCUGUUAAUUUCAUAAUAAGUGGAAUAUACCAUAAGCUAUCUGAGUGCUCGGACUAAAACAGAAUAAUAACAUACAUCAUUUUCAAUGUUUAGUGCUCCAUUUUUACAACAGCAAAGAAAAAUGAACAGUGUAUUGUAUUUUACUCUUGUGUAUAGGUUUGUAUAUGAUAUGCAUCUUGCAUACUUGCCAGGAUCAACAAUGUUGAAUGCAAAAAAAUAAUAUAGUUAAAAUGAUAAUCAUAUAAUUUUUAUGGUAAGUGCAGGGUGAAGAGUGAAAUGAAAGAAGAUCAUCGCAGUUAUAGAUGCAAUUUUUGCAGUUGCUAAAAAAAAGCCUGAAAAAAUUCAGUGUUGUAGUGGAUUUGAACCCUUGAUCUCUGCGAUGCCAGUGCAGCAUUCUACCAAUUGAGCCGACAAGUAAACUGGGAGCAGAUCAUUGGGUUGGUUUGUUAUAAACACAGUUGACUUGGUAGAGCACUGCACCGGUAUCGCAGAGGUCAAGGGUUUGAAUCCUGUACAAGCCUGGGUGGUUCAUGUUGAGCUUCAAUGAAAAAAUUAUAGAUUUGUAAUUGAGGAGAGCGUGGUUCAAGAAUUAUCUGAUUUGACAUGAUUUACACUUGUAAAUUUAAAGCUAAUUUGUUGCCUUUUCUCUCUUUCUAUUGCCAUGUUCUCUGGUGCAAAUUUUGGUGAAUGGCUCUCACAAGGUAAGGCUCUGUCUCUUGUAAAACUGACACACUAAUAAAAGAUAUUCAUGUUAAAAGGAACAAGCAUAAAACAUACAAUACAGAAGAAUCUUGUAGUAAUCAUACUGUUGGCAUCACAGAAAGAAAGGCAGCAGUGUUUAUGAGUGAUUCACAACUCUCUAAAUCUGCUGUUACGGAGUCAUAUGUUAAUGUGUCCAGUGAAUUAUCUCUAAGUGCUCUAGCAAGAGAUGAAAGUUUGUCUCAGCCUGUAGGAAUACUAUCUUGUCAAACAGUAACUUCUCUGCCCCUUGAUCAGAUAAAAGCCUCAUCACAAAAAUCUCUCAUGACUGCUCCUCUUAGCAGCUUGUCACAAUCAGGAGGGGCAUUAUCUGGUCAGGUGGCUGCAACACAGCCCCCGAAUCUAUCACAGCUGUCUACAAAAACCUCUCUUCUGCCAGUUCCUCUUAACAGCUUGUCGCAUUCAAAAGGAGCAUUAUCCAGUCAAACAUCAGCAACACAGUCACUGGACCUCUUACAAUCUUCAGCUCAAAACCCUCUACUCUCAGCUACUCUUAGCAGCUUGUCACAAUCAGGAGGUACAUUAACUGGCCAAGUAGCAACAACACAACCCCUGGGUUGUUUGCGAUCUUCAUCACAAAGCCCUCUGCUGUCAGCUCCUCAUAGCACCUCAUCACAAGCAGAAGGGGUGUUAUCAAGCUUGGCAUCAAAAUUGCAGCCUCAAAGUCAGUCAAAAGCCUUGUCUCAAAACCCCGUGCUCUCAGCUUCUCUUAGCAGCUUGACAAAGUCAGAAAGGACACCACCCAGUCAGGCACAGGAUCGGGUACUAACCCCAUCACAAUACUCCCUGCUCUCAGCUCCUCUCAGCAGCUUUUCACAGCCAGGAGGUUCAUUGUCUGGUCAGACAACAACAUCACAGCCGCUGGACCUGUUGCAAACCUCAUCACAAAACUCUCUGCUGUCAGCUCCUCUUAGUAGCUUGUCACAGCCAGGAGGGUCAUUAUCAACCCAGGCAUCAACAUCCCAACCUCUAGGCUUGUCAAGAGCCUCACCCCAAAGCUCCUUGCUUUCAGUGCCACUCAGUAGCCUUACUGCUCAGCAAGAGACAACCUCAAGGGCUGAUCCUCAGAACAGUUCUUCAUUGCCUUUUACCAGCCUUACACAAAUUUCAGGCCCUCAGGUAUUGUCACUGGCAGGAAAUCCAGUUACAAAAUCAGGCAACUCUCUUCUUUCAGUUCCACUCAGCAGCCUCUCUCUUGGAUCUAGUCAGACCCCAUCAACAACCCUUCUGGCUGCCUCACUAAGCUCCUUUUCACAAACUGCACCAACAUCACAGAGUGGAUCUAAACUGGCAAACCAUCAUGAUUCUCUUGUUUCAACAUCACUCAGCAAUUUGUCACUCUCCAGGCAUCUUCCGUCUAUGUCAUCUCAAUCUACAAGUCCUCGAACUGAAAACCCCAUGUCGGAUUUAGAUAAAAAUACUCAUGAUAAUGUCACCACUGACAUAAAAUGCUUGACUGAAAAAUUGGACAAAGUGAAACUCCCUGGUAAAAACAGAACUGGCAAGGUAAAAAAAGACUGUAACCAGAAUCUCAAAGCUGAACAGACACCCAAUAUUAUUUCUUCCACACGAUUGAUAUCCCCCUUGGCUGACUCGUCAUUGGAUCAAGGAAAAAUCAAGUCAAAGCAUGUAAUUGUGGAGAAAGGCAUUUCUGCUAGGGAGCAGAAAAGAAAGGUCACUGGUAAACGGAAUGAUGCAACAGCUUUGACUGCAAAGCCAACUCUGUUUGCUUUAACACUGUCUUAUUCCUCACCGGCCUACAAAAAAGCUGUCGUACAGAGAGUCAUCAAGGAAUUGCAAAGUCUGGAAAGUUUACGCCUAGCUGCUUUUAAUUUUUCUACUCCUUCACCCGAUGAUAUUGUGAAUGAAAGGCAAAAGAGGGCUUUUUCAAGAAAGAAGUAGAACUUACGAACAGAUGGAAUAGAGGAAAAUGUAGCUUUGAUAAUAUUGAUUUUUUUUUAUUUUAACUAUUGGAUUGAGCAGCUAGUGGUGGACAGGGUAAUUUGUUUGUCUCGUGAUGUCAAAGUACUACAUUGAAGUACUUAUAAAUUUUACUUCUAGACCUGUAAAUUGAAUUAUUACAGUUAUUUCUUAAGCUUUCUUAAUUAUUAGCUCAUUGUUUUAGAGAUAGCCACUUAUGAUGUAAAUGAAUUUUUGUGUAUAUACAGCAAUUUUUGCUAGUUAUUCCUUUUGUACAUUUUUUUUAUUAUAAUAUCAUGCUUUUAAGAGUGCCACACUCAGCUGUAUCAAAACAAUAUUUAGGUCAUACAUGCUUUAUUUUAAAUAAAACUUUUAACACAAGUAAUUUUUUCCCUUGUUGUCCCUUUUAUUUUCUUUAUUAAGAAAAGCAUGGUUUUGAAGGUUAAAGAGAUGUGCAAGGUUAUUGGCGAAAAAAUUCCAAUUACUUUAUGUGUCCAGCCCAUUUUACGGUUACAUUCACAUGGCACUGGAGGAAUUUUCUACCGGCUGUAAACUAUUACUGGAAACUUCUUUCACAAGGAACCGUUCAAUGUUUUUUCUCCAUUCUAAGAACUGAUGUUCAGGUUGAAUUUUUAACUGUUGUCAGAGGUUUUGCGAUCUGCCCAUGCAAAGAGCACUAUUUUAGCAAAGCCAAAAAGACAUCCCGCAGCUGAGUUAUCUCACAUCAACAUGCAACCGCGCCUUUGCCAAACAAAAAUUAAGGUGGUUAUGGUAUUCACACCGCACCUGUGUAAAUUGCCACAUGAACAUAUAGAUGGUUUGGUGUUCACACCGCACUUGUCAAAUUUUCAACCUUACCAUCCAAAAAUUUGGCCUUGAUUUUAGUGCUUAGAUGUUUGAACGGCUAGGCAUACAAAUUUUUGUACGGUUAGCGUGGUCCCAUGUGAACAUAAUACCUAAAUGCACAAAUUUUUGAUGAGUCGAAAAUUUGUUUGUUACAAUGUGAGUGUAGCCUAAGUAAUAUUGUCAUGACUUCAAAAACCAGACACCUUCAGGGCUGGAAGAAAGGAGGUAAAACUACUACAUCCAGUGCAGAAUCAUGUCUCUUUGGAUGCUAAGAAGGCAGAAGCUGCUCCAGUGGUCACCUCUGUGCAAGACAAGCCUGUGAUAGGAUUCUCAACUCCCCCAGUAAACAACAAGAAAUCUAGGGAAAGGUAGAGAUAUUAAAUAUCAUAAACUGCCACUUGUAAGCCCUUCCCUAUCAGUUGUAAGCCCUCCCCCCUCAUUUAAAAGCCCUCCCUCCCUCACUAGUAUAAGCCCUCCCUCCCUCAGCUAUAAGCCCUCCCCCCUCAGUUAUUGACCAUCUACCUGUAAACAAAAAAAUACAUCCAAUUAUAAUCCCCCAUCUAGCUCCAAUGAUAAGCCCCCUGCUGAGUUCGAUUUAUUUUGAUGUUUUGAAGCUUAAUUAAAAACCAGUAAAUGCAAAACAUACAGUUGAUCCUCUCCACAAUGGCCACCUUGGGGAUAGAAGAAAGUGGCCGUAAAGAAAUGGCCGUUGUAGAGUGGUUUCAAAUAAGAGUCAAUGUAUGGAUUUUUUGUCUGCCGCAAUAAAAAGUAGGGGCUGUUGUAGAGAGGUGGUCGUUAGCAGAGGUUCGACUGUACUUUUGUCAGCACUGCUAUAGCUUGUUUCAUAGUACUUUGUCUAUCCAAGUUAUAAACCCCCUUGGAUAUAAGCCCCUCCAUUUAAAAGCCCUCCAAAAACUCUUUACAAAGAUAUUAAACCCAGGACUCAUAAGCAGCAGUUUACAGUAUAUGAAUUCUUAUUUUAUUCACAAUGUACUGUCACACCCUGACAUUAGAGCACUUAAGGCUUUUAUUCCCAAGAGUGACCAACAUCAAUUUUCUCCUUUUGAUAUCAAUACGUAAUCAAGGGAAAGGUUAUGAGAGUUGACAAAAUGAUUACUAAAGGGGAGACGCUUUGGUGUUGUAUUAAAUUUUUUUAACUAAUUAACUAAUUCUUUAUUGCAAGAAAAUGUGUGGGGAUUUAUCUGGAGAAUUUGUAAGUGGAUACUGGGGCUCCAAGGGUUAAGAACCACAGAAGCCUUCCUUUUAACUGGGUGUCUCUGUUUAAUUCAUGUACCUUUCAUAGCCUGAGAAAAAAGCCCGCAUUUUGCGACGCCACCACUGGUUUCUCCGUGAAAUGAUGUCUGAGAAACAAGUGCAGAAAUUCCAUACUGAUGACACAUCACUACUCAGUUCUGGGUAGUGAUACUGAUUGAUUGAAAAUUUGCUUCAACCAAUCAGAAGCACUAUCCAGAUUUUGGUAGUGUCACGUCAUCCGAAUGGAAUUUCUGCACUCGCUUCUCAGACAUCAUUUAGUGGGGAAACCAGUGGUGGCGUCUCAAAAUAUUGCCUGUUUUCUCAGGCUAUACCUUUCACAUAUCUUUUUCAAGCAAUUUAAUGAUGGCACAUUUAUCACAUUUUUUUUUGUUCUUAUGUUAGUUGCUAGCCUGGCCUCAUUUUAAAGUAAAGACUCCUUCCAAUUUUGCACGUGCUAACGGGACUCAUGACACUGGUACUGAGAAGUUUUGGCCAAAUAAUAAUCUUUUCUUACUUGGCCAAAACUUAUCAGUAAAGUCUAUGAAUGAUGCAUUUUAUUGUGUCUAAGGAACAAUACUUUACAGUCAAUAACCACAUCUAGACACACUAAGGUGCUAAAAGAUUGGUCAUCUAGAAUGUUCUCCAAAAUCAGACCUGAGCAUUGUAAGUAAAAGAAUAGAAGACUGGAGUAUCUAAUGUGGUUAAGUGCAGAAUAAAUUUUGUUUUCUUUUACCUUACAUGCAGUUCUCCUGAAAAUGAGACAGAAACAGAUCAGAGACAAGCAAACAAAAAACAAAUGGAAAAGGACCAGGUUUCUGAAACAUUUUUGCUUGUCGUUAUUUCUUUACCUGUGUGUUUUUUGUGACUUAAAAUGUGUAUUAUUUUUUCAUCAGUUGCUCGCUGAAGCACAUAAGGAAUAUCACAAACGACGGAAAGGAAAAACUCUUCUCAACUUAGUUGUCAUUGGUGAGUUUGGAAAUGCUUAUGAACUAUUUGAUCAAUAAAACCUAAAACCAGAAUUUUCUUUUUGCUAUCAGAGAUGGUUAUACAGAACUUUAAAUCAAUUUUGAAUUGUUAAAUCAAGAUGCGAAAGUUCUCUUAUUUUGUUUUAGGUCAUGUUGAUGCUGGCAAAAGCACCCUCAUGGGCCAUCUUCUUUAUCGACUUGGAGACGUCUCCAAGAAAGCUAUGCAUAAAUAUCCUUAGAACAAAAAAAUGAUGUUCGCUUCUGUGUUAUAUUAAUUUUUUUUUUAUAUAAACAAUAUUUAUUGCAAUAUCUGCUCUAAGAUCCUAAAGGGCUCAUCCAGAGAGCUUAUGCUGUUUACAUUCAAUAUUUUAAAAAUACAAAUGCACAUCAAGAUCGAACAUACACACACAAAAAAGCGAAAGAAUAAAAAGAAAACAAAACAAACCAAACAAAUAUUUAAAAAAAGCACACACAGCAACUAACAGAAGCGAUGUGAUAACAAAAUAAACGACUGGACAAGCUGAAACAGCCUAACGUUCAUUUGAAAAUCAGCAGUAGAAACACCAUUUAACAGCCAAUAUAUUUUUUUCUUAUCUGAGGCGCAAUGCCAUCUAUUUCCAAGUAAUUGUGCAGCGGAGGUAAACAACUUUUCACGCAGAGCUGCAAAACUUGAGCAGUAUAUAUCAAAAUUGGUUAGCCUUUGUUAAAAGCUCGUUGCUUGUUUGUGUUUUUUCCUUGACCCGUUUACAUAUGAGACGGAAUCUAAAAAGGCUGGUAAGGCUUCCUUUGCUUAUGCUUGGGUGCUGGAUGAAACUGGUGAAGAGCGAGAACGGUAGGUACUCCUUUCAGUUCGUUUUCAGUUCCAAGAGCACCAUUGAAGGAAAUUGACGAAAAAGUGAAACAAAUUCAUGGUGUACGACCCUGAGAAACAAAUGUUAUCAUGUGAAAGUCCCGCAGAAAAGUUUCCAGUUGAAUGGACUUGACUUUAUCCACAGACUCAAAAGUUAGAAAUACGUACUCGGUAAAUGAUAGGAUGUGUAAGUACUGCUGACGAGGUGGACAGUCUCACCACACGAUUUUAUUCAGAGACUUAAAAGUUCGAACAAAAUUAUUCAACUUGACAGGCUUUCGAGUGAGAGGGAAAAAGGGAAAAUCAGACUGCCAACAAAGGCGAACAGUGCACACACUUCUCUACAAGCGACCUCGGGGAUUUGAUAACCUGAGAGCAGGCUCUACUUUCGUUUCGCUUUGUAAUUGAAAUUCUGGCGGGAUAGGCGUAGCGCGAUACCGUAUAAGAGAAUGUAAUGGAAGCUGUUUAAAUUGGGGCUGAUCUCAGGUUAGGCAUUAGAUGUUUCGGUGAUUAACCCUUUGGAAAUAAGAAGACGUAAUCAUUUGCCGUUCAGUCUUCUCAUUUUGUACAUGGAAUCGUUCUUUGCCAUCUGCUCGGAAGUCUGACAAUUUAUUUACAGUAAGGGUUACUCCUUUUCUUUUCUAAUGUGUCGCUUAAUGCAAUGCGAUACAACGACUUUGCGGUCUUUUUACUGAAGCAUAACUUAUUCACAACAGUGGUAUUACUAUGGAUGUUGGUUUAACAAGAUUUGAGACUGAAACAAAGCUCAUCACACUAAUGGAUGCACCAGGACAUAAAGAUUUUAUCCCCAACAUGAUCACUGGAGCUUCUCAGGUAUGUUGAACGUAAUAUUGUUAACGGUGCAUUAAAAGAGCCAGGUCACAAAAUUUUUUGUUACAUUUCGAGAUCGUUUUUUUUGUUGCGCUAUAAGCACGAGGAGGCCCUAAAAGCUCCUAAUUAUGACCCCGACACCUACCGAACUAGCACUAGGCGUCAAUGUCCUCCUCAAUUAUAUGGACCGCACAUGAGUGACAUUAUAUUUGAUUGAAAUUUCUUCUUAGGCUGAUGUAGCAAUCUUAGUGGUCGGAUCCAGCACUGGAGAAUUUGAGUCCGGAUUUGAAGCUGGAGGGCAGACGAGAGAGCAUGCGCUACUUGUCAGGUCGCUGGGUGUGACACAGUUAAUUGUGGCUGUCAAUAAACUUGACAAUGUGAGUGAUUCUUAUAUCUUAUUUUUACGUUUUCUUGAUUCGUAUUACGGCUCAGGCUUUCAGUCAGACAGUAAGUGGCAAUGUAUUGAGUAGUCUCCUGCGCAGAUGUUCUUUUGGCUCGUCACGUAAACGAGGAGGGUAGGAACGCGUAACGAACCCCCAAGAACGUCUACACGGUAGACUAUGUAUUGAGGGUUUUCUCUCUUUUUCUUCAAAACGCUGUUAAAAUUAUUGAUUUGACAUUUCUCAAUCUCAUUAAUAGUUCAUAGAAGGAAGAAGAAGAAGAAGGUCCUAAACCUUGACUUGUUUGGAUAUGUGAUUGAAACUCUCAUGUUCUACAUCCUUUCUUCUUCUUUCUACUCAAAAUCGAAAGACCUCAAUGUUCAUCAAAAUUUCCCCGUUACGCAUUGUAUUUUCAUCUCUCUUCUGUAUAUUUGAUAUGUGAUGAAACACGGUGUCCCGUGUUUCACAUCCGCAAACACGAGAAGGAAUGUUUUAUUUAUUGAGUCACCGAAGAGCUUUUUCUUUCUUAUUUAUUGCCCAACCGACGCAAAGAUGAUUAGAUAUGGGAUGAAACGCUCUUUUCUCUUUUUUUUAUCUUCAAGUUCCCAAAUGAUUAUUAACUCUUAAAGAAAUUCACUGAAAAUGCGUUGUGGAAGAUACGAUUUCUGAGUGGUCAUUUUUUUUUGCAACAUGAAAACCACAUUCAUGCUGAGUGUCCUAAAAGAAUGAGUGUGGAAACCGGUCGUUUCGAUACGAACUCAAGCUGUUUAACUGCCCAAAAAUUCUGUUCGUUCCAAGUAUAGUCUGGGCGUGAACAGAAAAAAACAUUUUGGGUGAAUAUUCUUCGUUCUUUAAGCUAAGAACGCGAAACUAUUUACACCUCGACGGAAUAAACUUGUAUCGAAACGACCGGUGACUCUAAGUUUGCCGUGUUUGUUUCAGGUUGGCUGGUCAGAAGCUCGAUAUAAUCAUGUCGUUGGAAAGCUCAAGCACUUUUUAAAACAGGCAGGAUUUAAGGUUUGCUAUCUGCCAUGUUCGCAAGUAUUACCGUGACAGAAUUAAAGGCAUAUUUCUUAGAAGUAAAAGCUCAAAAUACCUGAUUUGAAUCUCUCUGCGAUGUUCGAUUUACCGUUUAUGAACUUAGUUGAUAAAACUAAAUUUUUGUCAUUCAUUGGGCCCUUUUCAAAACUACCAUAAUAUUCUUUGUUUCCCUCCAAAAUUUCUUGCAUUAGCUUUUUUUUCAAUUUCUUUAGGGACGAUUGUCGGGUAUGUUGCCUCCUCCUCAGGCAAGCGCGAAACGCAAGUGACACUCGAGUGACUAGUGACGAAGCGCAAGGGACCCUGGGAAGGAGAAAAAUGUAGAGACGUCUGGGUACGAGGCAGAUGCCAGAGCGCUGUUUUAAGAAAGUAUAUUUACUGCUUUGACUCCUUUUGUUCUAGGAUUCUGAUGUUGUUUAUGUACCAUGUAGUGGUCUUACUGGUGAGAACCUUACAAAGUGUUGUAAUGAGACCCUGCUCCGAAAUUGGUACAACGGGCCUACUUUAUUGGAUCGAAUAGGUGAGAAAUGAAGAAAUUUUGCAGCUGGUUUCAAAAACUUAGUAAAUAAGUUUCACGGCAGUUUUGGAACUCGGAUAAAGUUUGGUUGCACGUUUUUGCUUUCAUGAACGGUCUCAAUGGAAUCGUUGAUGAUUCCUGCUUUGAGAUCGACUUGUUUCUUGCCCCACUGAUGAUUCAUUAUACUUCUCCAAAACGGCUACCUCGCGAUAAACGGGAGACAUUCUAUCCGAUAAUGAUAACUGCACAGACGUUCGAACUCCGAGUGAAUAGCAAGGGGAAAUUCUCAGGCGACUUACCUGUUCCUGUUCCUGUUACCUGUUUGAGAUCACUCUUAACCAUUUAGACCCGUUUUCUCCUCUUUCCUUCGCAACUGGGACCUUUUUAAGGAGUAUUGGAAUGUGGUCGUUUAAAAGCGUAAGCCGGAGAGGUUGAAAUAAUCAAAUGGUUUUAUUUAUUAUAUAGUUUAGACUUUACCUACAUAGUUGUAUGGAAACCGGUAGACUAUACGCCUUGUAUAUUCCUUUUUCCAUUGCAGAUAAUUUUAAACCUCCAAAAAGGGAAUUAGAGAAACCGUUUAGGUUCUGGGUGUCAGAUGUUUAUAAAGGUAAGAAAGUGAACUAAUGCGAAAUUAAGUGUGGACCUGACUUCCGCAUAGUUGAAAAGAAUGCAUCCAACCUCGUUCCUAGGGCUCUCUCCUACCCGUCCCUACGGAGCGAGAGAGAGAGAGACAGCUCUCUCUCGCUCCGUAGGGACCGGUAGGAACCCCGGGGAACGAGGUUGAAAUGCAUCCCUCUGCCCCAGGCUGAGUACUCCUUUCAUUCGGGUUGCUCCUAUCGCUCGGGCUCGGAUCUUUUUUUUCAGAAACCGGUCGUUUCGAUACGAACUCAAGCUGUGAAACUGCACAAAAAUUUCGUUCACAGUAUUCAAGUAUAGUUUGCGCGUAAACAAGAAAAACAUUUUGGGUGAAUAUUCUUCGUUCUUUAAGCCAAGUACGUGGAACUAUUUACACCUCGACUGAAUAAACUCGUAUCGAAACGACUUUGUAUCGAAACGAAUGGUAACCAGAGAUGGCUGUUUUAGCAGGCUGCAAGGAAAUCAAGUGGGUAAGACUUGACAUCUCGGAUCUCGGGCACACUCCCUUCGCACACUUAGCUCAUAAAGCGUUUGUUUGCAUGUUUUUAGGUAUGGGCGCUGGCAUCAACGUUACCGGAAAAUUAGAGGCUGGAAAACUUCAAAACGGUGACAAGGUCGUGGUCAUGCCUGCUGGGGAACAAGGCUUGGUAAAAGGUGAGUACGUUAUUCCUUCCUUUGACGACGUCAGUCCCCUCCCCUCCCUGGAGGGGGCUGCCUCCUGAUAUAAGUUCUAAGCAUGUUCAGUUCCAUUGGUCAAUUUAAGGUGCAGGAUUCGUUGGUGUUGUGUCAAACAAAACUAUUGAACUGCUUUGGAGUUAGCGUGUUCCAGGCGUUCAGAUCUUGGGGACAGCGCCGCACUCCACUAUCCGAGCGCCUGGAGCAGGCUAUUUUGGAGUACGAAUUUUGGUCCAGUUUCCUUAAUUUGCAACCUUGGAUGGCCAAUACUGUGUAGGUUUUAGGCUUACUAAGAGUAGAGUGUUAUUAAGCCUUUUCGUUCACGUGGCCAACAGCUAUGACAAUUUAUUAGAACAAAAGAAACAGGUUCAACUUCCACAGAACUAGUUUGGAACGGGGGUUGGGAUACCAACAUGGCCGCCGUUUCAUUGUUUUGGCACACCAAUAUGGCGGACGUGACGUCAUAUGAAAACUUUCCAUAUGUUAAAAGUGGUACAUUCAAGUCAAGUCUCAUCGGGCAGUUAUAAGCGUUUUGGACGGUCGUGGUCAGAGAUAAACUUUGAAAGUGAUUCCUUGGGUUUUUUAAACUCUCCUCGAAAAACACGGCCGCUUAGCACGGGCCAUUGCGGUAUUUGCUUCCCGCGUCACUUAUGUCAAGACCAUCUUGGCUUUCUUCACACACUGUUUGUAUCGUAUUAGUCAUCCUCGUGCGACCUGCUGGUAACAUGUUUUCGAUCACACUGCUUAAAUCAACCGUAUAAUUAUGAUCUUCUCCUCAACGACUUGUGAACUUUGUUUGCGUCACUACCUUGCUUAAAAGUCAUGUUGCUAUAAACACCCUCACCCUGUUUUUUUAUCGUGUUGGAAGCUAAUACAGGUAAGCCAGCGAACGAGAAAGCUCUUCGUUUCAUUCUUGUCACUUGUUCGCCUUUUACUCGGCUAUUUUCAUCUUCCGACGAGUCCCGAAGUUCGUCGAAAUUUUCGUUGCUGUUAAACGGAGGUUUAGCUGCUGCUCGGAAGGUGUCAUUCUGUUGUUCCUUGAGUAGCUUUAGCAGUUUUGGUAUAGCUUCUCGUUUCACCGAUUUUUCUGUGAACGGUCAAAAGAAAUAAUAAUUGUAAUAAUUGUAAUAGUCUUUAAGAGGUAGCAAUACUCGUCCCACCCUCCUGAUCAAAUUGGAAUUUGGAAAUGUUGUUUCUUGAGAAGAGGGAAAACCUUCACGAAGCAAAGGCCAUAACCAACGGAUAGCGAGCGUUUCAACGACGGACGGUAACCGAAGGUGGAAAUUUUUUCACCCUUAGGCGGUGGUUCUGCCCAAAUUUUCGGGCAAAUCCUCUCUACAAAAGUAAAGACACUCAGUAAUACAAAUUUGUUAGCGUCAAGGCUUAAUAAAAGGGAAGAGGAGUCACUUCCAGUUGCCAUCCUUCGCUCAAAAAUGUCUUUGCUUAUGCUACCUACCCGUCGACGCCGGGACUUGAACCCAGGUCCACAUUAGCGAGAGCAGGGCGUGGCCUCUCUCCUAACCCUUCUCCUCGAGAGGGGCACAGUAUUGCGUAGAUCAUGCAUUGUUUUCAGUAGUAAAUACUAGCCGGGAACUAAAAAACAAUGUUUGAAAACCCUUUUUUAACACUGUUUGUGAUAGUUAAGCAAAGACGUUUUGAGCGCCGCCCGUCAACCGGAAGUGAUGCGUUCUCCUCUUGUAAUACGCCCUAACGCUACCAAAUUUGAUUUUCUCUCUGUCCAUACUCUUAUACAGACGAUUUGCGUCAAACUUUGGGCAAAAACCACCGCCCAAGGAACUGCCUAAGAAUGAAGAAAGUUCGCUUCCGGUUAAAGUGCGUGGCUCAAAAACGUCUUUGCGUAAGUUCCCUAAUGAUGAGCUAUGUCGAUUCGACUUACCCGCGUUAGCAAUUUGCUUUUUCCCUUCUCCAAAGAGGUGCGUUUUCUGAUUUGGUGAAUUUGGUCUCUUGGUGUUAUUGUUUACUAAGAGCUGUUUGGACACCUUCGGAAACUUUGCGCUUAAAAGCAAGAACAAAAUGAAAACAACCAUGGUGGCCCUUAAAUUAACGUUUUUAAACCUAUAUACUAGCCUGCGUAGCUGGCGGAUUCGUCACGUCAGCGCGUAUCGAGGCAGAGGUGGUGAUAUAGAGAAGUUGCCAGUCUCCGCGUAGAAUGGGGAUCUCGUUCGCCCCUUCGGCGUUUUCUUCUCGCUGUGAAUGGCAGCUUCUCUGCCAAAAUCUCACUCACGAGGACGAAUAAUUCCGCCAGCUACGUAGGCUAACCUGAAUAUAUAUUCCUUGCCUCAUUUCCUGAAAACUAGUUUUAGUCUACGAAAAGGUCUAAAAAUGUCUUUUGACGUCCUCCUCCAGAUACAGGAGGGAAAUCAAAGGGAAGAACAAAUGCAAUCCUCUCUUUUCUCUUUCUUCCUUGAAUAGUUCUUUCCCUCUAAGGAUCUUCAAAGUUGUACUGACAAUUCCCUCCUAUAAACUCACUGCAAGUCUCCUGAAUAGCGCCAUAAAAAAAUGUGUAUGACAGUCAGUGAGGAGGAUUAGGAGGGUGAAAUGCAGUACCAGGAGGGUGAAAAAUGAUGUGGUAUUUAAUAACAAAUUAAGCAAAAAUUAUGUUGAUUUUUCUAACCGAAAGGAAGAUGAAAGCUUUAAUGGCGUCAGUUCUGUGCGGGUGUAUCUCCAUUGCUCAGCAUUCUUAAACAUGACGUCAUCACGUGCUUUAGUGCUAGCUUUGCCGCUGACCUGAAGAAGCUCAGCGCACCAAAAUUGUCCAUGUCUUUCUGCUAAAAUCAGUGGUGUUUCACCGCGAUUGUUUCUCUUGUCAAUGUCUAAGCCAUAUCUUCUCAUUUGCUCAAUAAUCGCCUGUGUAAUCAGGCAAUUACCAGUCGCUGCUGCAUGAUGUAGAGCUGUGUUGCCAUUGCAGUCUUGAUCCAGCCAGGCAAUCUCUCUUUCCUGGAUCAUGCAUUGCACCAACUUGACGCGCUGUUUGAUGCAUGCGUAAGAAAACACUGAAAUGCCGAACGCAUCCUUCUGGUGGACCCUGGCGCCGUGGUGAAGCAAAAGGCGCCCCAGGGAUAGCCCCAAAGGCUCGUUAUCCAGGUCACAAACCAGGCGCAUUGGUGUAUGCAUGCAAGAAUCAAAUCUAUUUACGUUGCAUCCCACUUUUGCGAGAAGGUGCACUUGUCGAGAAUUCCGUCGAGUUAUCGCUUGAUGAAUGGAGCACAUCCUCGUAGCCUGCAGAAUCAAAAAUUUUGAUGCGCUUGAGAGUUUUUACGGUAUAAUGUCUCUUUGUUGGCAAGUGGUGUGCCGUCAGCUUUUUUAAUCCACAAGGUGCUUGUAUGUAGGUUUUCCACUGUAGUAGGAACUCUCGAAACAUAGAAGAACAGACGUAAGAUGUCAAGUCCUACUCAAGAUCCACAUUGACCAUUCUGCAAACGAAUUUUAGUUGUUUUAACCCACCAUCGCGCUCUAGUUUAAACCAAUCGAGCAGAAACGGGACAGACUAAGAAGGUUACUCACUUAAUAGGAGAUACGACCACUGCUAAGUGACCUGGGUGUUGGUUACUUAAAUUUAAUAUACCUUAUAUUUUCCAGAACACCAUUUUUCACGAUUUUGCGGUAUCACAUAUCAAAACUGUUGGUUUAGAAAUACUGUUAAUUUGUUUGAUACUUAAGAAUCGAAAGUAUCGUUCAUUGUUUCAAAAAUAUUUGCGAAGUAGAAAGCAAAGCAAGCGCAGUUUUCGUCCAUAAAUUAUACUAGUUAUUGUUAAUAGGGUACUGAGUGUUGUAUUUGAUAUUAAAUGCAAUUGCCACUCACAAACGGCAAUCAUGAUCCUCACAGGGCAGAGAAAAUUUGAAAAAAUAUCGGGUUUAUUAUUAUUUUUUUAGUUUUCUGGUAAACUGCUUAAACGAAUAACAUGCAGCCAAGACAGUAUAGUGUGUUUUUCUCUCGAUACAGCCGAGAAUAGUUGUUCAUAAGUGCCUUAAAAAAUCCCAAUUAAAAUAUCUACGAACUUUCAAUAUUUAAGAUAAACAUACUGAUCCAGUUUUCUGAUGAAAAAACGAAACAUCAAUUUUACUACUUUUAAAGAAAUAGACUUACCCUUGGAUGGUUUUCUGUUUGUUACCACAACUUGCUCUGAGCUAUUAAAGUUCUUGUUAUUCAAGUGCUGGCAGCAAGAUCUGGAUGUGAUCAAGUGAAAUAGCUACAGUAUUUAUUUUCCAGUCUUAUAAAAGUUUGGGAAAAAUCUAAAACUAGCUGAACUUUGUUACUACGCAACUAGAAAUCCUCUACAAGUUACUGUGGUCCCAGUCGGAUGAAUGGCUUAUGUUGGUAAAGAAACUCAUGUUAAAUAAUCCUGCUAAUUACUGAGUGUUUUGCUGAGAAAAUCCCCGAUAAUUGUGAACCUGCUGCUAAAUUAUUGAAUACAACAAGGUGUACACUCAUUGUUUGUCUCUGCACACGUCAUAUUUUACUCUUUCAGUCAGUUAAUUUGUCAAUGAAAUCUCGUCUUUUCCAAAAUCUUUAUCUGCAACUAAAAAGUCUUGUGUCUAGCUAAUUUUAAACAAGUUAUUUUAGAGAGACAGAAACCAAUUAUAAGUAUUUUGUUUUUCAUAAAUUCUUUAAAUAUGCAUGACGUUUUGUCCAUCUGCCAAUUUCAAAUAAUGUUUAUCUUUGUGUGUUUACUUUUAAACACCAGCCCUGUCCAUACAUGACGAGCCAGUUCAGUUAGCAUGUGCAGGGGAUCACGUGACACUGACGUUAUCUGGAUUAGACAUGAUGCAUGUUGGGUAAGUGUCUGGUUGAUAAGAUCCGGGGUACUUACCAUUUACCUGAGAGACCGGAAAUUCCGCAUGGAAAAUCAAAUGGUUCGCGCCAUUAUCUUUAGGAGGCUUCAGAAUGAAGAGGCUUUUUUAGGCAAUGCAAUUUUCCACUCCUUUUUAGUCUGUUCAGUUUAUGUGGAUAUACUUUGCCAGCGGAUUGUUCUCCAACCACGUCCAAUUUUAUAGUUUUACCGAUUUAUGCUCAAGAUGUCCACCCGGGUGGUCUAAGUAAAUGGUAAGCAACCCCGGUUUUAUGGUAAAUCAUAGAAUCUAAAACAGACUUUUUUCCAUAGUAACUGUACCACUCCAGAACUUCAAAGCUUUGUGCGCCCACGUCGAGCAGUUUUUUUUUUGUUGUUGUUGUUUUUGUUUUUCGUAAAAGGUUCGUUUCUCCAAUCCCCCCCCCCCACCCCUAACAAGCGCUGAAAAUUACGAAUCCGAAAAAGUUCACCAUGAUUCAGACAGACUUAGUUGAAAUUUAGUUUGAAGAUCAUCAUUUUCGGAAUCAAGAAGUACAGAAAGCAUUUUAAGAUUCGAGAAUUCCAGAUAAUAGGAUUCCCCCGUAGAAGCGAAGCCUAACUGUGUUUCCCCGUCACAUUUUCUACUCUUUUUUUUUUUUCGUCGCAUGGUUACUUUUUUGAUGGAUAAACUGAAAACAUAUAUAAAUCAAAUUCUGCUUUUCGUUCUUUCGUUUUCUACGCUUCCGUUCGAAACUUUUACAGUUAACUUGACAGCUUCCUUAAAACUCACACCUAAUUAAUGAAGCUUUAUGACACGUUUUUAGGCUUCACAAUGGCGAAGCUUAAUUCUAUUUUGUUGUGGUUUUUAUUUUUCAGAGUGGGAAGUGUUUUAUGUCCUCCGAGCUCCCCAAUAAAAUGCACAAUGAAACUGAAGGCUCGCAUUUUAGUUUUCAACAUUCGUGUUCCUAUUACAAAAGGCUUUAUGGUGAGUUUUCUUUUACCAGGUACAUUGACAAUGCAUGGUUUGAACCCAGGAGUCACUCAUAAGUAAGUGGAGCAUGAUCGUCCAGUUGAACGUAGUCCAGAAAAGGACAGUUGUUGACAUUGACUGACGUUUCCACAACCUGUGCGGUGGUCAUCUUCAAAGUGAAAGUGAGUCAAAGGUGACUACCACACAGGUUGUCGAAACGUCAGUCAGUGUCAACAACAGUCCUAUUAAGGACUACACUCAAACUCAUAUUCCACUUACAUAUACAUUGCACGACCCCACAAGCUUUGAGCUUUAAACCAUAUCGUGUUUAAAUAAAGGAUAUGUAUAUAUGUAUGUAUGUAUGUGUUAAAUAAUUUCAUAAAAAACUAUGACCUCUUGAAAUCGUUAAGAGAAACAGCUCCCUGAUGUAACUGCCAUUUGAGAAUCGGCCAUCCUGAAGAAGGUUGCACUUGAGGAGGUAACAGCAUAAAAAUUAUACAAACUGGAACCAAAAAAUUGAAUUAAAUAAUGUGAGGUGUUUUCCAUGGUGUGUUAUGGACAGUGUGGAAAUGGUAAAUAAUUUUUUUUUACUGUUUUGUUUGCAGGUAUUGUUCCACUACAAGACGUUAAAUGAACCAGCCACUAUCCACAGGCUCUGUAGUGUCUUACACAAGAGCACAGGAGAAGUUCUUCAAAAGAAACCCAGGUAACAAUUUUCAUUCUUUCACCUUCAAGCAUUGACGGUUUCGAAGCAAAUUUAGGCGGAUUUUACCCUGCGGGGGCAGGGGGAUGCGGGGCUGGGUGGGGCUUGGUAGAAAACUCCCUCCCUCCCAACCCCGGUCCCCGAAGGAGUGCUCGCAGGCUUGGCGGCUUUUAGACUCGGGAUUUAACCCCUUUACUCCCGCAUUGAAUUUUGGUCCAUUUAGUGAUGUCGUCCUACCUUUUGAGUUUGUAGACGAAAUCCCAUGGUUACUAUUCAAAUGAAACCUCUUAUGCAGUUCCGUCCCUUCUUGUACUUUUUGUUUAGUAUGACUUUUGAGUCUGUGGAUGAAAUUCUUUGGUUUGACUGUUGAAAUUAAACUCUGGGAGAUUUCCGAUGGGUCUUUCUUAUUUUCGGCAAUUCUAAAAAUUUACUAACAUCUUUACAUUCCUCGAUACACAGGUGUUUAACGAAAAAUUCCAAUGCGGAGGUAGUAAUUCACACAUUCAAACCAGUUUGCGUUGAAUUGUAUAAAGACUAUAAAGAUCUUGGAAGAUUUAUGCUGCGCUACGGUGGUGAAACAAUCGCUGCUGGAGUUGUUACAGAGGUGAGUUGUGCCUGGCAUUUGUAGUUGGAAGCCUCGGGUUAGUGUUCUUUGAUUUUACUUCUUUCUGUUUUAUUUAUUUUUAAAAAACUGUCGUUUUGCGUCAGUGGGGAAUGCAACGGAAAAAUUCGGCUUAAUAACUUAGUGGAUACAGUGAAAAUGCCACCAUAAACGGGUUUUUUAGGGAGCAAGGGUGGCGCAGUGUUGAGAGCACUCGCCUCCCACCAAUGUGGCUCGGGUUCAAAUCCCGGCGUCGACGCCAUAUGUGGGUUGAGUUUGUUGUUGGUUCUCUCCCUUGCUCCGAGAGGUUAUUCUCCGGGUACUCCAGUUUUCCCCUCUCCUCAAAAACCAACAUUUCCAAAUUCCAAUUCGACCAGGAAUCAGGUAGACGAAGAACCACUAUGUGGAUGUGCUACCUGCAAAUCGCUAUUUAUUUGUAUUUAUUUAGUUAGUUUUAAAAAAGCUGACCAUUCUAGCCUCCGUUUUAACGAUGGUCUAGCACUCAAAACGUAAGACCGGGGGGGCUCCCAUAUAAAAGUGACAGGGAUGCUCGUCGUCUCGCUUCAGAUUUUGCUCUCACUUAGGGUGUUUGGGAUGGAAAGUCGCUAUAGAGUGCUUUUCGUUUGAGUGUCGUAAAACCAAAACCAAAAUAAUUACUCUGGCCAAUCACAUAGGACACAGACAAUACAUUGAACCAAUCAAAACUCGAAGUAAUUACAUGUGGCUGACGCAAAGCGCGGGAAAAUGCAUGCGAGCGCGUCACAAUUGGCUUUGGUUUUACUUCUGAUUGGAUGAAAAGGUGGCGCGAAUCUUUUAAGCCAAUCGCAUCGUGUAGAAAGUGCAAAACCAAUUACUUUUCGACACUCAAAUGAAAACCGCUCUAUUGACCCAUUCAGGUAUCGCUUAGUACUGUGCUUAAAGGAAUUUACAAAAAAUGCCCUGACACUGGCCACACAUAAAUCUCCCUUAAGGGUCAAUUUAAGCUUGAGCCACACCUACGUUGGUCUCCCUCAGGGGUUUUAUUUGAAUUUUCCCAUGAGCAUCCCCGUCACUUUUAUAUGGGAGUCCCCCCGGGAACGUAAGCUUUCGCGGGAUCUUUUUAUUGCGGCCAGUUUGGUUGCCCCGUGUUUGUAUAGCUUUGUAUAGUUUUGUAUAGCCUUAGCCUCGCGGAAAUUAUAAGGCUAAAGGGAACACGUGAAAGGGAAGAGGCGCGCAAAACAUUAAAAUGAUUGGAUUCGAAUAACGAACUAUUUAAAACUCAAGUGAAAAUGAAUGACCGGAUAUUUCACUGGUCAGGCGAAGGCGUCCAAAACGUUAUCAGGAAGUGUUCAUAUUGUCAGGAGCAUAGUAAUAACCAUUUUUGUCUUUAUCUCCCACUGUGCACUUUUUCUCCUUAUUUCGUUGGGACCUAGAAAAAAAGUCGUAUUUAUUUGUUCCACGUCAACGGGAUGGCUACAUUUCAGCGUACCCCUUUAUUUUGGGUUACGAGGAGAACAGGCUACAUGGCAAAGGUUAACCUGUGAACAGGCUCCUAGGGAACCGCCCUUUUUCCUUUUAGACAGAAAAAGGAAACGCCCUUUUCUCUUCUAGACAGAAGAAAACGCCCUUCACAUUCUACACAGAAGGGGGAUCGAUUUUCUUCCUCUAGACGGAAGAGGAAAACGCCCUUUUACCUUCUUAACAGAAACGGGAAUCGACUUUUCCUUUGUUCCAAAAAAAAGGGGAACGUUCUUUUGCCUUCUAGACAGAAGAAGAAAACGCCCGUCACCUUCGACACAGAAGGGGGAAUCGAUUUUCCUUCUCUAGACGGAAGAGGGAAACGCCCUUUUACCUUCUAAACUGAAAGGGGAAUCGACUUUUUCUCUGUUGUAGACAAAAGGGAGAAACGCCCUUUUUCCUUCUAGACAGAAGAAGGAAACGGUCUUUUCUCUUCUAGCAGAAGUAGGAACGCCUUUCCCCCUUCUAUACAAGGUGUCGCAAAUAGUUGAAAGUACGGAACAUUUAUGUACCUUUUUAUGUCUUUGACAGAUUUUAUAAAUAACAGAGGUUUAUUGAGGAGAGCCUUACAUUCAGACCGCCUAAGGAAGACAAGAGUUGACAUGACUAUAAGAUCGCUUGAACGGGAAAUUGAAUUUCCUUUUCUUGUUGACUCUCUGUCG